AUGUGGAAAUUCUCUAUAGUGUUGGUCGGUCUUAUUUUGAGUUUCUCUCAAAUUUUGAUUGAGGCUAGUGACGAUUCGAAUUCCAACAAUUGUCCGCGUAUCAAACUCAAACGUCAAUGGGGUGGUAAACCGAGCACAAUCAUCAAUUACCGUCCCGUUCCGGUGAAAUAUGUAAUUAUCCAUCACACGGUAACAAAGGAAUGUUUUAAAUUUUUGGAGUGUGCCGAAAUUUUACAAAAUAUGCAACAUCAUCAUAUGAGUGUGUCGGAUUUUGAUGACAUUGCAUACAACUUCCUUAUUGGAAAUGAUGGUGUAAUCUACGAGGGUACUGGCUGGUAUGUCAGAGGUGCCCAUACAUAUGGUUAUAAUCAAAAUGGCAUUGGUAUUGGUUUUAUUGGUAAUUUUAUGGAAAAAUUGCCAAAUCGCAAAGCCUUGAAGGCAGCAAAAGAACUUUUGGCAUGUGGUGUUGCCAAAGGGGCAUUGGAUCCGCAUUAUGAAUUAUUGGGCGCCACACAAGUCUCAUCCACAAAAAGUCCGGGUUUGACAUUGUACAAUGAAAUACAGGAAUGGGAUCAUUGGUCAGCACAUGCGGGAAAGAAUAAAUAG